ACGAUGCGAUCUCUCGGUUGGAGGUGGAGCAGGAGGAUUUGCAGGCGCAGUUGGCAAUUGGCAUGGGCGCAGCUGGCCGGUGGCCGCUGGCGUGUCAGUUGGUUGUCGCCGUUCGGAAAAGGCGGCGGCUGCGGCGUGAUAUCAGCCAGCGGCACUCACGGGGAGCGGUGGCCACCCAUAUCCAUCACUGAUCACUCGCUGACUGCUGCUGCGCCCACGUACGCCUCGCGCCCGUGCUCCGUGCCUCCGUCGUCGUCACCGCCAUUCGCCGCCGAUCCGGCCAUGGGGUGGGCGUUGGCUCUGCACGGCGGCGCCGGGGACGUGCCGCGCACGCUGCCGCCCGAGAGCAGGGAGCCGCGCCUCGCCACGCUCCGCCGCUGCCUCGACAUCGGCACCGCCGCGCUCCGGGAGGGCCGCACCGCGCUCGACGUCGUCGAGCUCGUCGUGAGGGAGCUGGAGGACUGCCCGCACUUCAACGCCGGCCGGGGCUCCGUGCUCACCUCCGACGGCACCGUCGAGAUGGAGGCCUGCGUCAUGGAGGGCGCCACCCUGCGCUGCGGCGCCGUCUCCGGCCUCUCCACCGUCACCAACGCCGUCUCCCUCGCCAGGCUCGUCAUGGAGAAGACGCCGCACAUCUACCUCGCCUUCGACGGCGCCGAGGCCUUCGCCAGGGAACAGGGAGUGGAGACUAAGGAUCCAAGCCACUUCAUCACGGACCACAACAUCGAGCGGCUGAGACAGGCGAAAGAGGCCAACAGGGUGCAGAUCGACUACACCCAGCCAGCAGCAGGCCAAAAAUCCCAGGCCCCGGCGGACGACAACAGCCAGACCGGCACGGUGGGGUGCGUGGCCGUGGACGCCGCGGGCAACCUCGCGACGGCGACGUCCACGGGCGGGCUGGUGAACAAGAUGCCCGGCCGGAUCGGCGACACGCCCCUGGUGGGCGCCGGCACCUACGCCAACGCGCUCUGCGCGGUGUCCGCCACGGGCAAGGGCGAGGAGAUCAUCCGCCGCACGGUGGCGCGCGACGUCGCGGCGCUCAUGGAGCUCGGGGACGCCCUCCCGCUGCGCGACGCCGCGGCACGCGUCGUGGCCGGGGCGGCACGCGGCGCCGUGGGGCUCGUGGUCGUGUCGCGCCAGGGCGACGUCGCCAUGGUCCACAACACCACCGCCAUGUUCAGGGCGUGCGCCACCGAGGCCGGCCACACCGAGGUCGGCAUCUGGACGGACGCCGACGCCGACGCCGAUGGAGAGACUGUCAGCGUCGCGCUCUAGUCAAAUUGAAUGGCAUGUCUGCUAAUUGCAUUGGAGUGAAGCAGAUCUCCUAGGCUGGUCAUGUGUCCUGCAUGGUCAGAUUUCUGCAUCGACACAUGUGGGGCCAGAGAUGCCCAAGUGUGUAUAGCUCACUUUUGUACAUGUUGUGAUUUGGCACCAUGGCAGACUGUUUGGACAUACACGAAACUGUCCAUGUAAAAUUGUUAAGUCUGUAUCCAUGUCCUCAAAGAUUGUCCGGGUGUGAACCGAACUAUCUGAGGGAACAUGACAGUGACUAGAAAAUGCAGUUCUGAGCA